AUGUCCGACUCACGCGUGACCGGGAAUAAUUCCGGUCUCGAAAGCGAGGGUCUUGCCCUCGAAGCAGGCGUGACCUUUCUGUCCUCUUACAGCCCGGCGAGGCUUACCCAUCUUCGCCAGCCCGUGCCCAGCGACCUUCCCUCACAUCUAGACGCGAGCAUCUUUACGUUCCAGGAUGCUCUUGAAGAUUUGAUCACCGUCUCUCAGGGUAAUCCGCUACCUGAUAUCCACUCUCGGUAUCAGCAGAGCCGGAUGCUGCGUCAGAUGUAUCCCCAUGGUGAGCCCACCUGGCUCUGGAUCAAGCGUCUCGAGUCCCAGGGUCUCAUCCGUCCGGCCCGAGGGUCUAAUUUUGCACGCGCGUCUCAAGCCGGCUUUGAUGAGCUUCAGAGAUGCUUGGAGGAAGAUACGGAAGAGCUCUGGCGCAGCAUCCGCGACGACCCCAGGAACCAGGAAGCGGCGGCCCAGUUUGGCAAGGUUUUUAGAGAAAUUCGCGAUUGGGUUCCCGGCCAUAAUAGCCACAACUCCCAACGGAGCGAUUCGAAGAAUACAACUAAGACGGAGCCUGAUCAUUUUGAUGAUCUCUAUUCGGCAAUUAACUCAGCCUUUGCCGACGGUCGAAGCGCUUGGGAUGCACUUCAACGAACCAUCAACAAGGAUGUGCCGCGGCGGAUGGUUGAGCUCGAGCGUCAAAUGGGGGAUUGUUUCAGAGAGAACAAGUCUCCGGCCCUGACUGGAAAUCCUGUCGACGACGACGGAAAAGAGACAAGGUCUGAGUGGGUGGACGCCUUGGGGUAUAAGCACACGACCACUAAGCGCAAACUUUAUGACGAAAAUGGCAAAGAAAUUGGCUCGUCUAUUUCCAUUACCAUUGGAUCAGCAGAUGACGAUAAUUCAAACGUCAUUGAAAACAGCGACGGCAACACAGACGAUGCUGGCAAGAGGAAACGCGGCUGGUUCUGGUAA